UGGAGGCGGUAGCUUCUUCGGCGUCGAGACUGGAGGCUGAGUGCUAAACUGUGUGGGGCGCAAAUGGGAUCCGGCUGUUAGUCGCGUAGGCAUAGCUUUGUGUUAUUCUUGGAAAAUUUCGCACCACUUGUGAAUUCCUUGAACCUGGGCAUUGCAAACCCACUUCUGUUGGGCCCAUCUCCUUUGCACUUUGCUCAGAUUAAGACUCAGUUGGCGCUUCAGCAGCUGAAUGCCGUUGCCUCACAUAGUUCAACACCACCUUAUACUUUAUUAAAUCAGGCUUUCUUGAAAAUAGCCAUGUCGAGACCCAGGUUUAAUCCUCGAGGAAACUUUCCACUUCAGAGGCCACGAGCACCUAACCCUUCUGGGAUGAGGCCUCCAGGACCAUUUAUGAGGCCUGGAUCCAUGGGUCUUCCAAGAUUUUACCCAGCAGGGAGAGCCCGUGGAAUUCCACACAGAUUUGCUGGCCAUGAAUCUUAUCAGAACAUGGGACCACAGAGAAUGAAUGUUCAGGUAACUCAACACCGAACUGAUCCAAGAUUGACCAAAGAAAAAUUGGAUUUUCAUGAAGCACAACAAAAGAAGGGGAAGCCUCAUGGUAGCCGGUGGGAUGAUGAGCCUCAUAUAUCUGCAUCAGUGGGAGUGAAACAGAGUUCUAUAACACAGGUUACAGAGCAGAGUCCUCAAGUUCAGAGCCGCUAUACAAAAGAGAGUGCCUCAAGUAUCUUAGCAAGUUUUGGAUUAUCUAAUGAAGACUUAGAAGAACUCAGUCGCUAUCCUGAUGAACAGCUAACUCCUGAAAAUAUGCCAUUAAUUUUGAGGGAUAUAAGAAUGAGAAAAAUGGGGCGCCGAUUACCCAGUUUACCUUCUCAGAGCAGAAAUAAAGAAACACUUGGUAAUGAGGCAGUUUCGAGUAAUGUGAUUGAUUAUGGGCAUGCAAGCAAAUAUGGCUACACAGAAGAUCCACUUGAAGUACGUAUUUAUGAUCCUGAAAUUCCAACAGAUGAGGUCAAGAAUGAAUUUCGGUCGCAGCAGAGCAUGUCUGCAUCUGUUCCCACUCCAAAUGUGAUAUGUAAUUCUAUGUUUCCUGUUGAAGAUGUGUUUCGACAGAUGGACUUCCCCAGUGAGUCCUCUAAUAAUCAGUCCUUUUUUCCAGUUGAGAGUGGAACUAAGAUGUCAGGCUUACACAUUUCAGGAGGACAGUCAGUCCUUGAACCUGUAAAACCUGUCAGUCAGUCCAUUAGCCAAACAGUUAACCAGACAAUGAAUCAGUCUCUUAUUCCUCCAUCUAUGAACCAGCAACCUUUUUCAUCAGAAUUAAUUUCAGCUGUAAGCCAGCAAGAGCGGAUCCCACAUGAACCUGUGAUUAAUUCAUCUAAUGUACACGGAUCAGGAGGAAGUAAAAAGAAUUACCAGUCAGAAGCUGACAUUCCCAUUCAGUCGCCCUUUGGGAUUGUGAAAGCAUCAUGGUUACCAAAGUUUUCACAUGCUGAUGCCCAGAAGAUGAAGAGACUUCCAACUCCCUCUAUGAUGAAUGAUUAUUAUGCAGCGUCUCCAAGAAUAUUUCCACAUUUGUGUUCUCUGUGUAACGUAGAAUGUAGUCAUUUGAAGGAUUGGAUUCAGCAUCAAAAUACAUCUACUCAUAUUGAGAGUUGCCGCCAGUUACGUCAACAGUAUCCCGAUUGGAAUCCUGAGAUCCUCCCAUCAAGAAGAAAUGAAGGCAAUAGAAAAGAAAAUGAAACUCCAAGAAGACGUUCUCAUUCUCCCAGUCCUAGACGUUCUAGGAGAUCAAGCUCAAGUCAUAGAUUCCAUCGAUCUCGAAGCCCAGUACGCUAUAUAUACAGACCAAGAAGCCGAAGUCCAAAAAUUUGCCAUCGUUUCAUUUCUAGAUACAGAUCCAGAUCCCGUUCACCAUAUCGAAUGAGAAAUCCAUUUAGAGGUAGUCCAAAAUGCUUUCGCUCAGUUAGCCCUGAAAGGACAUCACGGAGAUCAGUGAGAUCAUCAGAUAGAAAAAAAGCAUUAGAAGAUGUAGUACAACGAUCUGGACUUGGGUCAGAAUUCAGUAAACAGAAACAUCUUGAAAUAGUUGAUAAAGGACACUCACCAGCACAAAAGCCUAAAACUGGCAGUGGAUCAAAGCCAUCAGUUAAAUCUACAAACCCUACAAAGGGUGAUGGAAAUUUGGGGGGACAUUCUGCUCGUUACAAAGCCAAGAAUAUUGAAGAUGACACCUUACCAGAAUGUAAACCAGUGGCUGAAAAAGCUGUUUCUAUCCAGCGUAAGCUUCGGAAAGACCAGUCUUCGCAUUAUGGUUCAGUUCUUCUUAUAUCUGAAUUACCAGAGGAUGGCUGUACUGAAGAAGAUAUUAGAAAAAUAUUUCAACCAUUUGGAAAAGUUAAUGAUGUCCUCGUUGUUCCUUAUAGAAAAGAAGCUUACUUGGAAAUGGAAUUUAGAGAGGCAGUUACUGCAGUCAUGAAGUACAUUGAAACAGCACCUCUUCUGAUAAAAGGGAAAAGUGUGAAAGUAUGUGUUCCAGGAAAGAAAAAAUCACAGAACAAAGAGAUGAAGAAAAAGACCGCAGAUUCAAAGAAAGCAUCUGCAGCUACUUUAAAAAAAGAUAUAGACGCUUCCAAAGCUGUUGAAACUGUGACUUCAGCUUCUGCCACCAAAACUGGACAAGCCAAGACAUCUGGAGCCAAAGUCAAUAAGUCUUCAGGGAAAUCAGCGGGUUCUGUAAAAUCUGUGGUAACAGUAGCUGCUAAAGGUAAUAAAGCUUCAGUCAAAACAGCAAAAUCUGGUGGAAAGAGGUCUCUAGAAGUCAAAAAGGCUUGCAUUGUCAAAAACAGAGACACCAGUAAACCUGUGGUUGUACCAGAAAACUCUGAAAUAAAGACCAGUAUGGAAGUCAAAGCCACUGAAAAUAGUGCUAAGGAAACUAUUUCAGUAGCUGCUGUGGAGGCCACAGAAAAAGAACCAGUUAACAAGGAAACAGAGGAAAUGUGUGUGGUACUUAUUUCUAAUUUGCCUAAUAAAGGAUAUUCUAUAGAAGAAGUUUACAACCUAGUAAAACCAUUUGGUGCUUUAAAGGAUAUUUUGAUUUUAUCAUCUCAUAAAAAGAUAUUUAUGGAAAUAAAUAGAAAAUCUGCAGACUCUAUGGUAAAAUUUUAUACCUGCUUCCCAAUAUCAAUGGAUGGAAAUCAACUCUCAAUAAGUAUGGUUCCUGAAAACAUGAAUAUAAAAGACGAGGAAGCUAUAUUUACAACCUUGAUUAAAGAAAAUGACCCAGAGGCAAAUAUAGAUAAAAUUUACAAUCGAUUUGUACAUCUUGAUAACUUACCAGAAGAUGGACUUCAGUGUGUGCUUUGUGUUGGACUUCAGUUUGGAAAAGUGGCUCACCACGUAUUCAUGAGUAAUAAAAACAAGGCAAUUCUUCAGUUAGAUAGUCCUGAAUCUGCUCAGUCAAUGUAUAGCUUUCUGAAACAAAAUCCACAGAAUAUAGGUGACCAUGUAUUGACCUGCACAUUAUCUCCAAAAAUGGACUCAUCAGAGGCUCAAGCUGACAAAGACCCAGAACUAGGAAAAGAAAGCCCUGACUUGAAAAACAGUCCAGUUGAUGAAAGUGAGGUGCAAACAGCAGCUGAUAGUCUCUCUCUUAAACCUAGUGAGGUUGAAGAAGAAACUGUUCCCAAAGUUGAAACAGAAACUUCUGUACAGCAGGAGGAACCUUAUGAGGAAGAACCUGAAAAAGUACUGUGUGACUCUGACUUUGCUAUUGAAACAUUGGAAGUUGAAACUCAAGGAGAAGAGGUCAAAGUGGAAAUUCCUCUUGUAGCAUCCACUCCAAUCAGUAUUGAAUUAUUCACUGAAAAUGUAGAGGAGUGUGUUUUAAAUCAGCAGGUGUAUACCAGUGACUUUGAGAAGGAAGAGGCAGAAAUUAUUAACCCUGAAACAGAAUUAUCAACAUCUGACACUCCAUUUAUAGAAGAAAGGAACAUCAAAGGAAUUCUAGAAGAAUCUCCAUCUGAAGCAGAAGAUUUCUUUUCUGGGAUUACACAGUCUAUGAUAGAAGCUGUAGCUGAAGUGGACAAACAUGAAACUGUUUCAGAAAUAGUACCAUCUACUUGUGUUGUGGCCCUGAUACCAGGAAUUUCCACUGGGGAUGAGAAGGCAGUGAGCAAAAAGGGAAUUUCUGGGAAAAGUAACAUGGAUGAAAAGGAGGAAAAUGAAUUUAAUAGUAAGGAAACCAGAAUGGAUCUGCAAAUAGGAACAGAGAAGGCUGAAAAGAAUGAUGCUAGGAUGGUUGCAGAGAAGUUGGAAAAGAUCAUGGCAGCAAUGAAAGAAAAGCCUGCAGAAAAUGCUGUGACCAAGGCAUACCCCAGUAAAGGAAUAGGUCAGGCCAAUAAGCCUGAUGAAACUGGUAAAACUAGUAUGUUGGCUGUAUCAAAUACAUCUAGCACUAAAUCAAGCAUCAAAGCUGGUAUGGUCUCUUCUCCAAAGGCAAAAGUGACAGCUUCAAAAUCCGAAAACCAGAAAAGUUUUCUGAAAUCUGUACUCAGAGAUCAAAUAAAUGCUGAAAAGAAACUUUCAGCCAAGGAAUCGGGUCUCCUUAAACCUACAAGUGCCAGGUCAGGCUUGGCUGAAAGCAAUAAAUUGAAACCCACUCAGAGCGGUGUUACCAGAGGAGGCAGUGGAAGGAUCUCAGCCCUGCAAGGCAAGGAUUCUGAACUGGAUUACAAUUUUAUUACAAAACAGUCUCAGGAAACAGAGGCUAGACCUUCGGUCAUGAAACGGCAUGACAGCAACAACAAGGCUUUGGCUGGGCAAAACACAAAGAAUCCUAAAAGCACCACAGGUAGAAGUUCCAAAUCUAAAGAGGAACCAUUAUUUCCAUUUAAUUUGGAUGAAUUUGUCACUGUGGAUGAGGUUAUAGAAGAAGUAAAUCCUUUUCAAACCAAGCAAAACCCACUAAAGGGAAAAAGAAAAGAAGCUCUCAAAAAUGCCCCUUCCUCUGAACUUAACUUAAAGAAGAAGAAGGGGAAAACUCCUGCCCCUCGUGUGGUUGAGGGGGAAUUAUCUUUUGUAACAUUGGAUGAGAUUGGGGAAGAGGAAGAUGGAGCUGUGCACCUAGCACAAGCUCUAGUCACUGUGGAUGAAGUAAUUGAUGAAGAAGAAAUAAAUAUGGAAGAAAUGGUAAAAAAUUCAAAUUCACUUCUUACUUUAGAUGAGUUAAUUGAUCAAGAUGAUUGCAUUUCCCACAGUGAACCUAAAGAUGUUACUGUACUGUCAGUGGCUGAAGAGCAAGAUCUCAAACAAGAACGCUUGGUAACUGUGGAUGAAAUUGGAGAAGUUGAGGAGCUACCUUUAAGUGAGUCGGCUGACUUAAGUUUUGCCACUUUAAAUACUAAAGGAGAUGAGGGAAAUACUGGAAGGGAUCCCAUUGGGUUCAUUUCUUCCCAGGUGCCUGAAGACCCUUCUACUUUAGUUACUGUAGAUGAAAUACAGGAUGACAGCAGUGAUCUGCAUUUAGUGACUUUGGAUGAAGUAACUGAAGAGGAUGAAGAUUCUCUGGCAGAUUUUAACAACCUUAAAGAAGAGCUUAAUUUUGUUACUGUUGAUGAAGUUGGAGAGGAGGAAGAUGGAGACAGUGAUUUAAAAGUUGAGUUAGCACAAAGCAAAAAUGACCGUCCCACAGAUAAAAGAGGGGAUAGAAAAAAGAGAGCUGUGGACACAAGGAAGAUGAAACUUGAAGCCUUUUCCCAAGUUGGUUCAAUAAGUGAGAAUGUUAUGGAAGAAGAUCUGAAAACCAUGAUUCAAAGACACUUAGCAGCUAAAACGCCAACCAAGAGAGUUAGAAUUGGGAAAACACCACCAUCGGAAAAAGCUGUUGCGACAGACCCAAUGAAAGGUGAAGAGGCCUUCCAAAUUAGUGAAGUUGAUGACGAAUCUGGAUUAAAGGAUUCAGAACCAGAACGAAAACGUAAGAAGAUUGAGGACUCUUCUUUAGGGAAAUCAGUGGUACCUGAUGUCCCUGAAGAUUUAGACUUUCUUGUACCGAAGGCUGGAUUCUUCUGUCCAAUUUGUUCCCUCUUCUACUCAGGUGAAAAAGCAAUGACAAAUCACUGCAAGAGUACACGUCAUAAGCAAAAUACAGAGAAGUUCAUGGCCAAGCAAAGAAAGGAAAAGGAGCAGAAUGAGGCUGAAGAAAGAAGUUUUAGGUGAUGGGGGGAAAGGGGAAAAGACUUCAUUAGAAAUUCGUUUAGGGUCCAUUUGAUUUGUGUAUUUUUGUUAUCACUUAAUUUGUAAUUUUUGUUUCAGAAGCAAAUAUUCAUGUUGUACAAAUUUCUGAUUGCCCUUGAUGUGGA